GUCCAAAUCCCAAAACAAGAAGAUCUACAGAUUCGGAGACAGUAAAGUAAACCAACCCCCAACUAUAUAUAAAUUCUUCAAUUUUUGAAUUCCCCGUAGAAAAAAUUGUAUACGAGAUCAGUUUUGAAGUGAAUGACUUCAAAUCCAAAUGUUGAGUUCAGUUAAAUUCGAAUACAAUGCUUGCAUUUCUGUUUCUUUGUGUGGAAAAUUCCGAGUUUUUUGGAUGAAUUUUCUGAGAAUAUUUGCAUUAGAAUUGUUUCUGUCUCUGUUUUGAAUUUUUUAGGGAGAAUUUUUUAAUUUUGGGGGUUUUUGUCGAAACUAGCGAAGGCUAAUUUAGUUGUCAUUAGGAAGAUUGAUGAAUGAACUGAGUGGACCCAGUUGAGUCUCUUCAUAAGUUGAUUCUAAGUAAGUUUGUAAUUUUGCGGAUGUGGUGGCAGUAAUUUGGUAAUGAUGGUUGCAAGAAAGCCUGGGUUAAUUGCUUUGUUUGAUAUGGAUGGCACUCUUACGGCACCGCGAAAGGUAUAGCGAUCUUCCUCUCUUUAUAUCUUUCUUUGUCGAUCACAUUAUCGUAGAGAAAACACGCACAAGUCCUAUAUAUCAGAUAUUGGAUUUUCUGUUUGGUGAGUCGUAUGGUCCUGUUGUUCAUCAUCGCCUCUGUAUAAAUGUUGGCUUAAAUGUGUGGUGAGGUGGGAGGUGAAUUGUUUGUAAUUUCUAGAGUGUUUCUAGUUCUAGAGUAUGAUGUCAUCUAGCACCCGGCUCCCCACAAAGGACAAUGUGCAAGGUUUAAGUCUCGAUUAUAAGUGGACUUGGGAAGACUAGGAAACAUGCUGACUGUUUCUCUAGUGUUGAUGGGUAGUGCAAAAUGCAAAACACAAGUUUUUCAGCAAGAUUUCUUUUUGAACUGAACUGCAAUUUUUUUUCAAAGACAUUCAUUUUGCUUUGGUUCUCAGUGGGUUUUUAUUGAUGUGUAUAAACUAUACAGUUGAGGAUCAAAUAUGUAGAAACAUUAUCAUCUACUCAAUAUUUCCUCUAAAAAUGUCAGGUGGUGACUCCAAAGAUAUUAGAAUUCAUGCGGGAACUCCGCAAGGUAGUAGCAGUUGGUGUAGUUGGGGGAUCUGACCUUGUUAAGAUAUCAGAGCAGCUUGGAAAGACAGUUACAAAUGACUAUGAUUAUGUGUUUGCUGAGAAUGGGCUUGUGGCCUACAAGGAUGGCAAGUUAAUUGGAACCCAGAGCUUGAAGUCAUUUCUUGGGGAUGACAAGCUCAAGGAAUUCAUUAAUUUUACGCUUCAUUACAUUGCCGACUUGGAUAUCCCCAUAAAAAGGGGAACUUUUAUAGAGUUCCGAAGUGGGAUGCUCAAUGUAUCACCAAUUGGGCAAAACUGCAGUCAAGAAGAACGAGAUGAUUUUGUGAAGUAUGACAAGGUUCACAAUAUACGCCCAAAAAUGGUAUCAGUGCUUCGUGAGAAGUUUGCACACCUUAACCUUACGUUUUCUAUUGGUGGACAAAUUAGCUUUGAUGUUUUUCCUCAUGGCUGGGAUAAGACAUAUUGCCUGAGAUACCUGGAUGAUUUCGAUGAGAUCCACUUCUUUGGAGACAAAACUUAUGAGGGUGGGAAUGACUUUGAGAUCUAUGAAUCCCAGCAAACCGUGGGUUACACAGUUACCAGUCCUGAUGAUACAGUGGAGCAGUGUGCUAGUGUUUUUCUAGCCAAGCAAGAUGGAGGCCUCUGA